AUGAAGUUCACACUCGCCACCGUCCUGGCCCUGGCCACCGUCGCCCUCGCGUACCCUACCGUCCAAGAAAAUGCUCCAGUCAAGCGCCAAGCCAACAUCGCGGGCAACGUCGUCGCGCAGACCCCGGCCAUGUCGGACCAGGCCGGGAACGUCAUCCCCUUCGAUUCUACCAAGGUGUACCAAGACGCUAAGGUCAAGGGGCAGUAA